GUUCAUUCAACUACACAUCAAAAAUACACAUUUAUAUUUUGAAAUGUUACAAUUGUAUCGGAGAUGUAUUGGACGAUGUAAAACACCGCAACCGAGUCAAUUAGAAGCUCGUGGGCAUUUCAGUUCUCUUUUCAAAUCCGAAUCUCGAGUGCUAGAUUUAAUACCGAAUAUUGAAAAGAGCGACUGAUUAUUUUGAUGUUUGAUGUUUGGUUCCAUUUCGUGCAUUGUGGAAAGCACCUACCAUUUUCCGGGGUCCCUUUUGAAAGACGACGACGUCACCGAAAUCUGCGCGGGCUGUCACGACUACAUGUAUCUGACUAGGGAGCUGUCAAUAAACUUCUUUUCUUGUCAACUCUACAGCUCACUGUGGGUCUUUCGAGAUGUUUCCAACUCAAUAAUUUAUCAAAAUUUCCUCUGCGCUCAGCAACAGUUCUUACAAUGGCGCGUAGAUGAUAAUACCAAGCACAUUCGCAAUAAUUAACUCCACCAUUCCAGGUGCAAGUGGCGAGUGGCAUUUAGAUCAUGGGGACGCCUACGAAGCGGCGGAAGCUCAACAAUGAUACAAAGUCAAGUGGUUCUCGAAAUCUCGACUUCUUUUUCGGAAAGCAAAAGAAAGAUGAAGAAGGGCUGUCGUCUCGACAAGCCGGCAGUCCGAUCCUGAGCAGUCCAGGUAGCGCGGGUCCCUCGGAAUUGACUGAUGAGCAACUGGCUAGAAAAUUACAAGAGGAAUGGAACCGGGAAUCAAUUGGCGCAGGAGAGGUGGCCGAGAAUCAUUCGGUGAAGAUCGAUGAGAAACUUGCAGAGGCUCCAAUCCCUGCGGUAGCUACGACAAGCCAUACAUACGAAGGAACCUCGAUUAAUGGCAUACACGACCAGCUAAACAUAAAACCACCCAGGCCAAAUACCAAUAAGAAUACUCUUUCACUACAAUCCGCUGGCACAGCAGAAGAUAACAUUUCAUCAAGCAUACCAUUGGAUGAAAGUCCUUUGACUUUCGAACCUUCGAAAUAUGUGUUUGACCUGCAAAAACACUGGGCUGCAGAAGGAGGGGAUGCGUCUUAUGCUCUCCUGACAAGAUGUUUUGUACUCGUGAAUAGCACUCAGAGCCGUAUAAAAAUUGUAGAUACUUUAGUCAAUUUACUAAGGAUCAUCAUCGAGGGUGACCCGGAUGCUCUCCUACCCACUGUCUGGCUGGCAACGAAUGCGAUUUCACCGCCAUACAUAUCCCUUGAACUAGGAUUGGGAGGCUCAGCCAUUUCAAAAGCACUGAAAAAUGUGUGUGGGCUGGACUCUAAGUCAUUGAAGACCUUGUACAACAAACACGGUGAUGCUGGCGAUGUUGCUUUUGAGGCUAAGAAGAGGCAAAGCUUUACAUUGAGAAAGCCAAAACCACUCACAAUAAAAGGAGUUUAUCAAUCCUUAGUCAAAAUAGCCAAGACACAAGGAACAGGCAGUAGCGAGAUCAAACAACGAGUUGUUGAUCGUUUAUUGCAAGAUGCUAGAGGAGCAGAGGAGAGUCGAUAUGUUGUUAGAACUUUGUGCCAACAUCUUCGUAUCGGUGCAGUGAAAACUACAAUGUUGAUUGCCUUAUCUCGAGCUUUCCAACUAUCCAAACCUCCGGGGGCAGACUUUCCUCUUAAAUCACCACAAGAGCUGGCAAAACUUAAAAAAGAAGGUUUGACUGAGGUGUGGUCCAAGGGCGAGGAAAUCGUGAAAGCAUGUUUUGCAAAGAGACCCAAUUAUAACGACCUAGUACCCGUUUUACUUGAGAUUGGAGUCUGCGAGGAACUACUAAUUAGAUGCGGACUAGCCUUACAUAUUCCCUUACGACCUAUGUUAGGAAGUAUCACUAGGGAUCUUGCAGAAAUGCUUACGAAACUUCAAGGUAGAGAUUUCAGUUGUGAAUACAAGUAUGAUGGACAACGAGCACAAGUUCAUUGCGAUGAGAACGGCAAAGUGUCAAUAUUCUCAAGGCAUUUAGAACUCAUGACUGAUAAAUAUCCUGAUCUUGUGGCAUUAAUACCCAAGAUUCGCGGAGAAGGAGUUGACAGUUUCAUCAUGGAAGGAGAGGUCGUUUCUGUCGAUCGGGAAACUGGUGAUCUGAAACCCUUUCAAUCAUUAGCAAAUCGAGCGAGGAAAGACGUGGCAAUUGGAAGUGUUACUAUUAAUGUGUGCCUGUUCUCUUUCGAUUUGAUGUAUCUAAAUGGAGAAUCACUUCUUAAUCGAACAUUCCGGGAAAGGCGAGAACUUCUUCGGGGCUUGUUCGUCGAGGUACCGAAUCAGUUCACCUGGGUGAAGAGUAUCGAUGCUACUUCUCAAGACUCAGAGGUUGUCUUGGAAUUCUUCAAAGGUGCGACAGAGCGAAAGUGCGAAGGAAUCAUGGUGAAGAUUCUAGAUAAUCUACCACACGCUACGCUACCUGAGUCCGAGGAAUCUUCAGAUGAGCCAAUGACCUCUGUUCUCCAGACGUCCCAGAAACAAUCAAAAGGGAAGAGGAAGCCUACAGACAAAGAGCCCGAGAAGAAAACUCGAAGAAAAGCUUUAUUAUCUACCUAUGAGCCUGACAAACGACUGGAUUCUUGGCUGAAAGUAAAGAAAGACUACAGUGCUUCAUAUGAUACACUCGAUCUGAUACCUGUUGCUGCUUGGCAUGGCCAAGGACGCAAAGCAAAGUUUUGGUCACCAAUUCUCCUCGCGGUUCGCAACGAAGAGACGGGCACUCUGGAAGCCGUGUGUAAGUGUAUAUCUGGAUUUAGUGAUACGUUUUACAAGGCCAACAAAGAAUUUUACGAAGAAGGGGGCGAGCAUGUUCUUGGGGGCAAACCGAAUUACGUCGAUUAUCGAGGAGGAAACCCCGAUGUAUGGUUUGAACCGCAAGAGGUCUGGGAAAUGGCUUAUGCCGAUGUCACAAUUAGUCCAGUGUAUAGAGCGGCAAUUGGUCUUGUGAGCGAUGAAAAGGGAUUAAGUUUGAGAUUUCCUAGAUUCUUAAAAAAGAGAGAAGACAAAUCUAUAGAAGAGGCUAGCACAAACGAAUUUCUGGCUAGCUUGUGGAGGAAGCAGGAACAGAAGGUUGACGGUGGAAAGAAUGAAGCACAGGGAGUAGAUUCGGAGGAGGAGGAGGAGGAGUAAUGAUUCAUCAUUUCGCGCAAGUGAAUGAUAAACUGUUAUCGAGAGGAUGGUAUCUAUGUUGGAGAUGUAUUGUAACCUUAAUAUUCGCCCGUGUGGCAGAAGCUGCUUCUAGUAAGGCUUGAAUAUCAUAAAUCUGCAAUGUUGCUUCUAUGCUUCAAUUGUACGUCAACUAAACGAAAGAUAGCAUUCAAAAACACCGACUUAUUUCACCAAAUCAUAUUCCUUA